GCGGGCGCAGGGCCGAGCGGACGGGGGGGCGCGGGCCCCCCGGGAGGCCGCGGCCACUCCCCCCCGGGCCGGCGCGGCGGGGGAGGCGGAGGAUGGAAACACCCUUCUACGGCGAUGAGGCGCUGAGCGGCCUGGGCGGAGGCGCCAGUGGCAGCGGCGGCGGCAGCUUCGCGUCCCCGGGCCGCCUGUUCCCCGGGGCGCCCCCGACGGCGGCGGCCGGCAGCAUGAUGAAGAAGGACGCGCUGACACUGAGCCUCAGCGAGCAGGUGGCGGCGGCGCUCAAGCCUGCGGCCGCGCCGCCCUCUGCCCCUCUGCGCGCGGACGGCGCCCCCAGCGCGGCGCCCCCCGACGGGCUGCUGGCGUCGCCGGACCUGGGUCUGCUCAAGCUGGCGUCGCCCGAGCUCGAGCGCCUGAUUAUCCAGUCCAACGGGCUGGUCACCACCACGCCGACCAGCACGCAGUACCUGUACCCCAAGGUGGCAGCCAGCGAGGAGCAGGAGUUCGCCGAGGGCUUCGUCAAGGCCCUGGAGGACCUGCACAAGCAGAAUCAGCUGGGCGCGGGCGCUGCCGCCGCCGCUGCCGCCGCCGCCGCCGCCGCUGCCGCCGCCGCUGCCGCCGCCGCUGCCGCCGCCGCUGCCGCGCCGCCGCCGCCGCCGCCGCCGCCGCCCCCGGGCGCUCUGGGCCCGCCGCGCCUGGCCGCGCUCAAGGACGAGCCGCAGACGGUGCCGGAGGUGCCGAGCUUCGGUGAGAGCCCACCGUUGUCGCCCAUCGACAUGGACACGCAGGAGCGUAUCAAGGCGGAGCGCAAGCGGCUGCGCAACCGCAUCGCCGCCUCCAAGUGCCGCAAGCGCAAGCUCGAGCGCAUCUCGCGUCUGGAGGAGAAGGUCAAGACGCUCAAGAGCCAGAACACCGAGCUGGCGUCCACCGCGAGCCUGCUGCGCGAGCAGGUGGCGCAGCUCAAACAGAAAGUGCUCAGCCACGUCAACAGCGGCUGCCAGCUGCUGCCGCAGCACCAGGUGCCCGCGUACUGAGCCCGGCGAGGCGCGCAUGCGCGGCCCCCUCUCCGGAGGGGGGGCCGGGACUAGGAGUGGGUGCAGCACCAGGGAUCGCCCCCGGGGGUACCCGGGACUGGAGAGGGUGCGCCUCCAGGGAUUCUCCGCGCCCCGAGAGCUCCCAGGACCGGAGAGGGGUACAGUCCCGGGGGUCGCCCCUCCGAGGGGUGCCCAGGACUGGAGAGGGCACCCUGGAUCGACAAGCUGGACCCCCUGCCCAGGGGGCGAGCGCACGACCCCCGCCCCGCGCCACCUCUGCCCGCGCCCGCGCCCUUUGUGCGCCGCCGCCGCGCCCGGCGUUCCGGGCUGCGCAGUCUCCAGCCCUGCACGCCCCUUUCUUUUACUUUCUAUUUUUUGCCUUUGGAAGAGAGAAGAACAAGAGUGGUCGAUUGUGCCCUAUUUAUGUUUCUACUCGGGAACAAACGUUGGUUGCGUGUGCGUGUGUGUUUUACCGUGUUGGGUUUUUUAAAGAAAUGGGAAGAAGAAAAAAAAAAAAAGCUCCUCCCCUUUCCUGGCUCUGCCCCC